GUGCCAGGUGUUUUUUGUUUAAUACUUUACAAGUAUUAAUGUUAUUCACUCCUCACAACAACACUGAGAGAUAGAUACGGUUAUUAUCUUCAUUUUAUCAUUAAGGAAACUGAAGCAGGGAUUUUCUUUUAAGUGACUUAUCUUGGGUCAGAUAGCUAGUAAGUGUUUGAAGGGGUGUUUAAUGGAGUAUUCAAGGAGGACCUCUGGUAUGAGGGCUUGUUCAAUCCUUUUUAGGGCUGCUCAUUUACCUUUGGUGUCUACCUUUCACCCAACUCUCACCUAUAGCUCCAAGAAUUGGUAGCAUGUGCAACAGCCACAUCUCAGUAAAGCCAACCUCAAACCUGUCAGGGAUUUAGGGGACAUGUCUAUUCCAAAAAUACCAAGACUUCCUCUGGCAGAAUAGGUGGACAUGAACAAUUUAUUCCAAUAGCCAUGAAGACGGUUAACACAGGCACCAUGGAGAGCUUAGAGCUUGAAGAGGUCCAGUUCACCCACUGCAUCUUGGGCCAUUGCCAUCUUGACUUUUGUCUUGUCACUGGACUUCAAUGACUCUAGAAGAGAGAACGAGAUGGUUUCACUUAAAUCCAUUCACAUGCAAGUCAAAACAUCACUUCCAAGAUGUCAUGUCUUCUUUGAAAAGGAAGGACAAACAACAACAAUAACAGGCUAGAUUUGAACUCAGUAGAGUGGACCUGCAUUUGUUGGUGUGUGUAUGUGUGUGUGGGGUCAGGGAAUGGGAUAUAAGUGCAUCUAUAAAGUCUUCUUUUCUUAGGAAUGGCUUUCUUGGUGAGAAGCACCUAGUGGGACUUGUCCAUGCUUAAUUGCUCACUUGGAUUUUUCUAACCCAAGAGAAUAUAACCUUUAGGUUAUGGAAGAAUAUAAAGAGUUUCUUCUUAUUAGGAUAAAAUUAGAUUUUGGGUAGGUUAAGUAAGUUUUAAUAAGCAUAGGAUAUGAAAUAAUUCUACAAAGCUGCCUCAGCUUCAGCUUGGAACUUGGACCAGAGAUGAUGCUAGUGUUCUGUGGAAUGUUGUUGUUGAGAUUGAAAAUUAACUGCCACUUGUGGGAGUUAGCUCUCUUUCUCUCUCUCUCUCUCUUUGGAGCUAACCUGGUUCCUGUGAGGUGACUAAUCCCAGUUCCCUGGUGGAUUUCCCUAUUUAACUUGUGGGAACACCAAAUCUACAGUUUGUGAAGAGUGAAUCAACGAUUUGAUAGUGGUGGAAGUAAGAAGGCUGGCAGAAAGGAGCAAGAAGAUCUUCCUUUUCUUGUCUAUGUGAACUUGACUGAAUGGAGACAGACUCUUGGCCCAAUUUGGCCUACCUUGGAGGGCCUACCUUGGGCCUACCUUGGAGAAAGCAUAUAAUUUAAUCAAUAAGGAUAUUUAGAAAUAGUUUAGAUCAGAUAGUUUGGGAAAUAAGUUAGAAUAAGAAGAGAGCAUAGGAUUAGGGAAACCCAAUCAGAAAAUUCGUGAGGACUUUGGAAGUUGAUAUUGGAGGAGUUAGAAACCCCAUGGUUAUUAGGGAACCCUUUAUCCUUCAACCUUGUUACCUUUUAGUUCUUUACAACUUUAAUAUAUUAAAUAUAGAUAUUUUAUAUAUCUGUCUCCAAGACUUUGUACAGCCAAUCAGUUUGUAUAGGCCCAAGAGUGUAUCAAGUGACCAACAUCACCUGGCCUUUAUCAACCCACAAGAAGAAAUAAUAUAUAAGUGACCAAACAGUGGUCAUGAGAGAUGGACUUUUUGGAGUGGCAAUCCUGAGAGUUUGGGAGUUCUUGAGUUCCUCAAUUGGUGCUGGUUGCAUAUCAGGAGGAUCCCCCCUGAAGCUACUGUAAUGUUUUUCAGAAGAGAAGUGAACAGUAGGUUUAAGAAGAAAGCCAUUAGGGAAACUGAAUUUAGACAUGGGCAACAAGCAGACGGUUUUCACUCCGGAACAGCUUGACGCAUAUCAGGACUGCACCUUUUUUACAAGGAAAGAAAUUCUGAAGCUAUUUUAUCGUUUUCAGGAUCUGGCUCCUCAGCUGGUUCCUUUUGACUACACGGGCAAACCUGAUGUGAAGCUGCCUUAUGAAGUCAUCUGUGGCAUGCCUGAGCUAAAGGACAAUCCAUUCCGAGAGAGGAUUGCUCAAGUCUUUUCCCAGGAUGGGGAUGGUAACAUGACCUUGGAUGAUUUUCUGGACAUGUUUUCUGUAAUGAGUGAAAUGGCUCCUAGAGAUCUCAAAGCAUAUUAUGCUUUUAAAAUUUAUGAUUUUAACAACGAUGACUACAUUUGCCCAUUGGAUCUGGAGAAGACAGUGACCAAGCUCACUCGGGGUGAGCUGACUCCUGAAGAAGUUGGCCUUGUGUGUGAGAAAGUGAUUAAUGAAGCUGAUGUGGAUAAUGAUGGCAAACUCUCUCUGGAUGACUUUCAAAACAUGAUCCUACAUGCUCCAGAUUUCCUCAGGUUAUGUGCCAGUACCAUGAAAAACGCAGUUGAUACAGACAAAAAUUCAACAGUUUGCCCGCAAAGGAUCUUACAGUCUAUUAGCACCUUUCACAUCCGAAUCUGAAGCAGAGUUGGCAAGCCUGGGCCAGCUUGGCCCUCCCUCCAGAGCACUACUGUAACUCCAGCAUCUGCCCUCAUCUAUUUUUCCCUACAGUUGGACCUGCCACCCCAGGCAAGACCAUGGCACCACGCUUUCUCUAUAACCAUCUAGGUUUGAUUCAGUCAUGGUCCCAUCAUCCUAUCCAUUCUUUUUUUUUAAAUUUAAUUGAUUAAUUACAAAUAUUUUUCCAUGGUUACAUGAUUCAUGUUCUUUCCGUCCUAUCCAUUCUUUUUUUUUAAAUUUAAUUGAUUAAUUACAAAUAUUUUUCCAUGGUUACAUGAUUCAUGUUCUUUCCGUCCUAUCCAUUCUUAACAGCAACACAGCCUGACUGUGAACCCAGUAUUUAAUCUAUUUGAGCCUACUUGUUCUUACUGAUUUCCUAACACCCUGUCUUUCCCAAUAACAAGUCUUGCCUGAUCCAGCCAAAGUCUCACUAUCCUAGAUUAGCCAUGGUCCCAGAAUUCUCUCCCUCUAUCCCUACAGUUAUCCUUUCCCAGCCUGGUGGUGAUCCUAUCUUCAAUACUUUCUCAUUACCAACUUGGCCUGAUUUAGCUAGUUCUAAUGUCUUAUCUUAAAAAAAAUUUUGAGGGGCAGCUGGGUAGCUCAGUGGAUUGAAAGCCAGACCUAGAGAUGGGAGGUCCUAGGUUCAAAUCUGGCCUCAGAUACUUCCCAGCUGUGUGACCCUGGGCAAGUCACUUGACCCCCAUUGCCUAGCCCUUACCACUCUUCUGCCUUGGAGCCAACACUCAGUAUUGACUCCAAGAUGGAAGGUAAGGGUUUAAAAAAAUUUUUUUAUUAAAAAAUCAAAAACCAAACCCUUACCUUCUGCCUUAGAAUAAUUACUAAGGGAAAAAAGAAUCAAAACCAAGUAUUGGUUCCAAGGUUGAAAAGUGGUAAGGCCCAGGCUGUUGGGGUUUACUAACUUGCCUAGGGUCACACAGUUAGGGAGUGUCAGAGAAUAGAUUUGAACCCCAAACCUCCUAUCUCUAGGCAGUUUUUUAUUCACUGAGCCCCCUUCCUGCCUCUGAUAUCUUAUCUGCUUCUGUGACCUGCUCAACCUGGUAAUGACUCCAGUACCCUAUUCUUCCCCAUGACAAGCUUGGCCUGGCCCAUUAUUCUAUCUCUACAAUUAUUCUUUCCUGGACUAAUUAUGACCCUCAUUCCCCAUUUUUUCCAAUGACCUGUCCUGCCUGACCCAGAUAUGAAGCCUCCUUAGAAUGCAAAUUAUAUUUUGCCUUUAUAUCCUAGCACCUAGAAUAUGUUGAAUUGUUGUUGAAUUGACUUUUUUUGAAGCAACUCUUUGUCUUUGGUAGCUUGUUUUGCCAUGAUGCCAAUGUACUCCACCAAGGCCUAGUUCUACUUAGCUAGACUAAGACAUCCUUCCCACAUCCAUCAUAGUACCGCCGGCCCCAAUCAUAAUCUUAGUGCUUUACUCAUCUGUCUUAUAGUCAGGUCCAGAGGAAGCCACUGAGUGCUGAGUUUUUCAGGGACUAAGUAAGGAGAAAGCAGGAUAAUGUCUCCUUUUGGGAGGAGAAAGAAGGGUUAGAAAGGGUGGUCGGAGGGAGCCAAAGACAAAGUUGACCUGUUUUAAUAUUUUGCUUAUGGUUAAUCCUGCACCAAAAAAAGAGUAGAAAUUCUUCUUUCUCUUUCUUCAUCCUAUGCAAUCUGACCUCUUUUCCCAGGGCUCAGAAGUCAGGCUAAUGGGAGAAUUUAACCCCAACCUUGGUCAGGUGGUGAUUGUGGUCUGGCCAUUGGAAAG